CUGUAGUCAAUGGUGGUUCGUGAAUUUGUGAAUUACGUUCUAGAAGAUGCUCUUUCUUCACAAAGUUCAUUUUUAGUAUCUGUACCUACCUUAGGCUCGUGUUCUAUUUUCCCCUGUCGAGCUGCGCCAAUCGCCGCUUCUAAUCAAGCCUGCCCUGCAUCGACGAACGCCUCCGCCUCAGAUUCAAGUUUCUAGCCAUCAAAUACCCAGACUCAAACCCAACAUCACCAAUUCUCAUUGUCGCAACAAAUUUCGUCCCUUUUGCGCAAGUCACUCGUUUUGUAGAUCGAUCACACACAACACCAUCAUGCGUUUUUCCAGCGGUCUUCUUUUCCUUGUGGCAUCCGCCCCCUUGGCGAUCGCAUACCCCGAGUUCACAGUACCUGCUGCAGGCGCCUCUGUCCCUGGUGGGACAGCUUUUACUGUCACUUGGAAAGAUUCUGGAAGUGCACCCUCGAAUGCGGAUCUCACGACGUACACACUGUUCCUGUUCUCGGGCUCGAAUGCCACUCCGCAACAACUAUACCAAUUAGCUGCCUCGACUAUUGCCGCCGGUAGCACAGUGAGCGUUACGGUACCUCUAGGUACAGGAGGAGCAACUACAAAUGCAUACUUCCUAGGAAUGUUAUCGGUGGCAUCUGCGGGUGGAACUAUCUGGACAUACUCCGACCGUUUCACACUCACCGGUAUGACUGGCAGCUUCUCAGCAGCUGUAAUUGCAGCGAAUGCGGCAGUCGUCGGCACGACUGGUCCUGACCCAGUCAACGAUGUUACGGGAACUUCCAAUGGAGCAGCUUCUUCAGCUGCGGCAGGUGCAUGGGGAACUCCGUACAACGAGCAAACCGGACUCACGAAAUACGCUCCUAUGCAACCAGUUCCUCCCACUGCUAUUACUGCCACGAACACAUCGCCUCUCUGGCCAACAUCUUCGGUCGUUUUGGCUAGCACUUUCUUGCCAAUUGCUAGUCAAGUAACCACGCUCACUCAAGCUAACACAUUCAGUGUUUCAAGUCACGCAAACACGGCUGCUGCAGCAUCAUCUCCCACCGACGACAUGCAGAAAUUCCUCAACAGAUGGAAAGAUUAAGGGGCUACAUAAUCCACAAGCGAGAUAUGGUUACGUACGACUCUUAGAGAUGUACAUUUUGAAUGGGAAUGAAUGGUGUUCUGGUGUUGGAGGAAUCAACAGGAUAUUGAACCUUUUGUAAAGGUACACGAAGAACAUUAUACCAUGCAUGAAUUUAGCAACAUCAGAAGGUUAUAGCCGAGUGGUUGGAUUGUCUCGAUUGUUGGUCGAAGUGAGCUGCCAAGCUUGUUUGCAUGUAGUCGUAUAAGUAUGCAGCUACUUCUUUCUCUUUACAAUUCGGACCAGCAUGUUAGGGUCUAGGAGUUUCACAUUUGAUUACUGAUUCCUGGCUCUUCCCGAUAUUGCGACUUUGCCCAUUAAAGCUACUUGCUUUGCUCCC